GCACGUGCCGCGACCUGCCCGAGUGCCGCUUGCCGCCGGCCGGUGUCGGCUGUGCCCCCGCUGCCCUGCCCUGCCCGGCGUCCGCGUCCGCGGCGCCCCCCGUGCACCGCCACGCUGCGGCGUGCGGCAUGGGAUAACGCGGCCAUGGUGCGCCGGGAUCGCCUCCGCAGAAUGCGGGAGUGGUGGGUCCAGGUGGGCCUGCUGGCCGUGCCCCUGCUGGCCGCGUACCUGCACAUCCCGCCCCCCCAGCUGUCCCCUGCUCUCCACUCCUGGAAGACUUCCGGCAAGUUCUUUACCUACAAAGGACUGCGCAUCUUCUACCAAGACUCGGUGGGCGUCGUGGGAAGUCCGGAGAUAGUGGUGCUUCUGCAUGGCUUUCCAACAUCCAGCUAUGACUGGUAUAAGAUCUGGGAGGGUCUAACCCUGAGGUUCCACCGUGUGAUUGCCCUGGACUUCCUUGGCUUUGGCUUCAGUGACAAACCGAGACCGCAUCACUAUUCCAUAUUUGAGCAAGCCAGCAUCGUGGAGGCGCUUUUGCGGCACCUGGGGCUGCAGAACCAUCGGCUCAACCUGCUGUCUCAUGACUACGGCGACAUCGUGGCCCAGGAGCUGCUCUAUAGGUACAAGCAGAAUCGAUCCGGUCGGCUUACCAUAAAGAGUCUCUGUCUGUCCAACGGAGGUAUAUUUCCUGAGACGCACCGUCCUCUCCUGCUACAAAAGCUACUCAAAGAUGGAGGAGUCUUGUCGCCCAUCCUCACGCGACUCAUGAACUUCUUCGUGUUCUCUCGAGGCCUCACCCCGGUCUUUGGGCCCUACACGAGACCCUCUGAGAGUGAGCUGUGGGACAUGUGGGCAGGGGUCCGUAACAACGACGGGAACCUGGUGAUCGACAGUCUCUUACAGUACAUCAACCAGAGGAAGAAGUUCAGAAGGCGCUGGGUAGGAGCGCUUGCUUCCGUCUCCAUUCCCAUUCACUUCAUCUACGGGCCACUGGACCCCAUCCAUCCCUACCCAGAGUUCCUGGAGCUGUACAGGAAGAAAAGAUGCCCAGCACAGGUCCUGGCCACACACUAUCCUCUCACUUACGUUGGUGAACAAGUACGGGAGAAAAGCCAGCAGAGGCUCUAACUUGAUACAGCAGUGCUCUUGCCACUGGUCCUCUCAUGUCCGAUCAGCAUGUGCCACUGUCAUGUGUUGUCAGGAAAUUCUGAGCAGCGCAACUAACUGAUGCAAAAAAGGCACUCUUUGCAUAAAACACUUUAAACACUAUUGGCCUCUUCUGAAAUAUUCAGAAGUGCUAUUUCCUAGCCCAGUCUUAGUUUGACUCCUACAUGGAGAAUGAGGAGGGGGCCUACCUGUGCCUUUCAGGGCACAUGCUUUUUUUUUUCUUAACGAAUUCUUGAAGCAACAGUUUCAAGUAAGAGUCCCUUGUCAUAAUAUUAGAUUUAGUUUCUCAAGCUACUUAUAGACAUUUUGUUAGAAUAGGUAUUGACUUCCUAACACAGUAUUCUAGUUCUGUCUUAAGACUGAUUUACCUAUACAUGCUCCACUUAUUUUAAGAUACUAACCAGCAGGCCUUUCUCUCCCGGCGUAACGAACAUAGCCACAUGUCCAGUGUCUGACUAGCCGAGCUGGCUGCAGAGUUCCCCAACAUCACAGGCCGCUAAGGACCGAGUGCCUGUGCCAGAGGCGUGCUGUUGUUAGCUGGGAAGACCAAUUCGGACAGCAGGUAACAGCCUGCCGCCUCGUACCUCGGUGCUCGGAAGCACGUCCGUCCCUCCUGCCGCGGCGGAGGGGAGGGGACCGCGUGCAGCCAGCAGCCGUGUGGAACGCACGGGGAAUCCUUUCAUGGUUGCUCAAUUUCCCACUGGCUGGCCCAGAGUGGUUUUCUCACACAGCUCAGCAAUUUCUGUACUUUACAAGCAGGGACAGUUCUAGAAACUUUAAGAAAAAUUCUGAAAGACCUGUGAGCAAAUGGUGCUGAAUACUUAAAAGUCACAGUUUCACUGUCUUAGUCAAAGCAGAAUUAUUAAGUGAUUAUUUUAAAUUCAUUUUUUAUUAGCAACUUUAAGUAUAACAACUUUGAAACUGGAAUAAGUGUUUAUUUUCUAUUAAUAAAACGAAUUGUUGCAAGAAGUGGA